GCUGAGUUGUGUUUUUGUCAGAGUGGUGAAUUCCUUGUAAACGACUCUCAUCCUAUCUACAUGACAGUGUAACUAUUAACUUACUUACUUGUUUCUUCUGGUUAUGGAGUUUGUGGCUGCAGUAUAACUCGAAAGCUUCAUUCGGGGCACGUUUAUGCUGCCCACGCGCGUGCUGUAUGCGCGGUAAAGUUUUCGAGAUUUAGUACAUGUAGUUAUAAAUUUUAGGUGUUACUGUUAGUAUUUGAGAAUGGCGGUGGCAGAGACAACCCUCUACUACGGUUCCGAUUCCGGCACGGACUAUGUGCACAGGGGUCGAACCAGUCGUGGAGGUAAUACAGAGGACGUGCCUCUUAUAUCGGGGACAAUGUCGACCAGCGAGAUGGGGAUGACGGUGAAUGAAUUCUCAGAUCCACUAUUUGCUGCUGACCUGAGAUCAGUGGAGAGGGCUAUAGAUCAAGGCGUCCAUCCGGAAAUCAUUGCACAGGGCAGCAGUGGAAGCUAUUUUGCCAAGAACGUUGAUGGAAAAAUCGUUGGUGUGUUCAAGCCGAAGAACGAGGAGCCGUAUGGUGCGCUGAAUCCAAAGUGGGCAAAGUGGUUCCAGAAGCACUGUUGCCCCUGUAUGUUUGGACGCGGUUGUCUCGUGCCCAACUUUGGCUACAUGUCGGAGGCUGGCGCUAGUAUUGUGGAUGGGAAACUCAAGCUGAACAUAGUGCCCAAGACCAAGGUGGUAUGGCUGUCCAGUCCAUCAUUCCAUUACUCAGCAUUCCACCGUGCCGCCUCUCAGACUAAGCAGAUGGCCUCGGAGCAUCUGCCCAAGAAGCUGCGACGCCGGGUAAAAACUGGUUUACCACACAAGGUGGGUUCAUUUCAGCUGUUUGUUCGUGGCUACAAGGAUGCAGAUCAUUGGCUAAAGGAGUUUGAGAAUAACCCACCUCCACCGCACCUUGCCAAUGAGUUACAAGAGCAGUUUGAGAGACUUGUCAUCUUGGACUACAUAACUCGAAACACUGAUCGUGGCAAUGACAAUUGGUUGAUCAAGUAUGAGAGGCCGACAUCGACAUCUCAGUCAUCGACCGCCACCUCCUCCUCUGUUGAGUUGCUACCAGGGCUUUCCGACGUCACACGGGACCAUGCUGUCGCAGGCACCAGCUCAUCCGCCUCCGCAGCAACAGCAGGAGCAGCGGCGCGGAAACAGUCACCAGAUGCCGGCGGCAGCGCGGACGCUGACGGCAUGGUCAACGUCGGCUUGGACCCCGUGGCCGCUGUCUCUACGGGUAGCGGUGCUGAUUCAUCGCCAGCUGUGCGCGUGCAACCAGACGAUGGCCGUGGCUCGAUAACGAUUGCAGCCAUUGACAACGGACUGUCGUUUCCUUUCAAACACCCAGACUCUUGGAGAGCAUAUCCGUACCACUGGGCAUGGCUACCGAUGGCCAAGAAGCCGUUUUCGAAAGCCACUGUCGAUCACGUUCUGCCCAAGAUAUCCGAUCCCCGCUUUGCAGAAGAUCUCAUUGAUGAUCUGCUCUCUCUGUUCAAGGAGGACAGUUCGUUCAAUGUGCUACAUUUCAACCAGCAAAUGGGAGUGCUGCGUGGGCAGAUACUGAACCUGGAGCGUGCGCUGCGCAACAGCAUGACGCCGUGGGAGCUGGUGAGCAUGCCGUCUUGCACCAUGACCAUGCGAUCAACCGAGUACCGCACCGAUAGCCACCUCAGCUUUGUGCAGAAGAUUCACCUGCGCAAGCCCGUCUUUGAAUUCUGUUAGGCUCUCUCACGUGUGUAUGGUUUUCAGCGCUGGCUUGCUUUGAAUUCUGUUAGCUUCUCACGUGUAUGGUUUCGACCACUGACUUUCUUUCAAGUCACUGCAUUCACAAUUGAAAAUUUAGGUUUUUUCCAAAUUUCGCUUUAGCACUUUCAGACUUGUAAUAUUUUUCUAUUGUCGCAUACACCCCUGCCACUGGUUGAUCCUAUCUUUCCACGAACGCCAUGAAAUGUAACUCCCAGAAAUAUCCACUGCAUGAGAGUCUGCAGCCAUUUUUUCCCUCAAAUCUCUUCAAUACGCGGUUUUAUUCCGUUUUGAUCGCCACGCAUGCUCUGCUUGAGACAACACUGCCCCUGGCUCUAUUGUCCAUUUAUUCUUUUCUUUUUAAUUCAUUAACUAUGCCAGUCUUGGGUAUGUGUAUGCUGCUAGCUGUUGCUUAAAUCCACGUACGCGCUACACUGCUGCUUUUCAGGAGUGACUCUGCUGUUGUUAUAAUAUUGCUGCUUGCACAAUGUAUCUUUCCUCAGAUUCAGGUCGGUUUGAGCAUACCAUGACGUGACUUGGUGUUUUUUUCUUCAA